AACGGAAUGAAGAUAUAAUAUAUUGUGUUGUGUAUUAUGACCUUCUCCUUGGUUUCUGUUGCAUUGUACGAGGUUCGUUUGUCGGGCAGUCGUCUGGUGAGAUCAAGUGAUUGGAUUCACCUUUACACUGCAUGAAAGAGGUUUACGCAAUGUCCUUCGGCAACCUCAUUUCGUCAUUUCAGAUACCUUCGAUCUCGCUUCCACCUUCAUUUUCCGCGUCUCAAGUCCUCCCUGAUCCCUCCUUCGUGCUCGAACGGCGUUCCCACUACCAAAAGGAACAUUUCGAGCAGCGCUCAAAAUGCACCUGCUCACUUUCCUAUCAAGGUUUCUGGCCUUUCCCACCAUCGCCCAUCAUCGCUCGGCGAGCAAUGGCACAAAGGCAAGUCCGUCGGUCUAUCAUUUAACGCGACACACCCAACUCACGCCCUCGCCGCCAAUCGACGCACCGAGCACCACGAUGCUAGCGACGAUGCCUUGCACGCCCUUCCCCGGCCGCGGCGCGCACGAGUUCGAGUCGAUCGUCACGGCUCACAAUCGGCGGCCGAUGAUGACGGCAGCGACCAGGGGACCGCUGCGACGGAGGCCGGAGAAGCAGGUGCCGCGUUCGACGUAUGGCUUGGAGGAGAUGCUGCGCGAGUUUGGGAGGGAAUUGGGGAUUGCGGAGAUUGUGUUUGUGGAGUGGUUGAUUCUUUGCUGGUUGGAGAUGGAAGAAGGCAAGGGGUAGGGACAGAGGCGGUGGGAGUGAUGGGUUUAAAGUGAUGCGAUUUUGGGGUCUGUCGGAUGGGAUGAAAUCGAAUUUGGGGGGGGGAGGCCUAGUUUUAUGGCGCAGGAUUCUCAUCUGCGAAUAGAGCGAUUUCUCGGUCUUUGGGUUCAGGAGAGAGGAGAGAGGAGAGGCGGGGGGGGUUCGCCAAACUCAGGGGCUGCUCUUUUGCGUACAGUCACUUUUCGCGUUAAGCAAGAUCAUCAAGAAUGAGCAACGGCUUAUAAGUACGACGAAAGG